GACCGGAGUUUCGAAAGUUCAAUUUCGCAUGGCGGACGUGCAAGUGAACUCUGUUAUUUGUUGGUGAUAAUUUCAAUUAUUAUCUUGUCGAGAUUCCUUAUGGAAAGAACAAUUCUAUUGCUUCUAUUUCUUUGCGGACGUGCAUUAUUCAUUCCUUAACAUCUGAUAAUGUUAAAGUGUUAGUUGUAGUUAAAAUAGUGAGAACUGCAUAGGUUUUUCUCAAAAAUGGGAAAAUGUGACGAAGCUAAUGUCGAAGUUAGUAUGGGGGACUCGGCGUCCCCCAUGAAACCUGAUAAUUUCACCUUCACUGUACCUCCGGAGGCGCCAGUCUUCGAGCCAACGCCUGAAGAGUUUUUGGACCCACUGGCGUACAUCAGCAAAAUAAGGCCCAUCGCGGAGAAGUCAGGGAUUUGUAAGAUCAAGCCCCCAGCACACUGGCAGCCUCCGUUUGCAGUGGAUGUGGACAGAUUACGUUUCACACCUCGGAUACAGCGAUUAAAUGAAUUAGAGGCGAUAACUCGCGUGAAACUCAACUUCCUGGACCAGAUUAUCAAGUUCUGGGAGCUGCAGGGAUCUGUGCUCAAGAUCCCAACGGUGGAACGCAAGCCACUAGAUCUUUACGCAUUACAUAAAAUUGUUAAAGAAGCGGGUGGCUUCGAGGUGUGCUCUGCGGAGCGCAAGUGGUCCAAAAUAGCGCGUCGUAUGGGACACCCUCAGGGCAAGGGCAUCGGCUCCAUACUGAAGAAUCACUAUGAACGCAUCCUUUAUCCCUACGAUGUCUUCAAGAACAGUGGUGCUGUUGGAGAUAACAAGGAAACGAAAAUCGAAGUGAAACAAGAGGCGACGCCGGAGAAGGCGGGCGGCGCGCGCAGCCGCUCCAACAGCAAGUGCCCGGCGGCGACUCCGCCCCCCGCGCGGCGCUACAAGAGCGCGGAGCCCGAGGCGGAGGCGGAGGGCAGCCGCACGGAGGGCGCGCUGCCGGACCUCGCGGCGCACGCGCACGCGCACGCAGACAGGAAGCUGCGCACGCCCAGCAAGGAUGAGAAUGCCAGCGAGACCAGGAGGAGUCCUCGUGAGAACAAGUGGAUGUCGGGCGGCAGCUGCGGCGUGGGGCGCUCGCGGCGGCUGCGGGAGCACCGCCUCAGCAACAUGACGGUGUCGGUGACGCCCGCCCCCGCCCCCGCGCCCGCGCCCGCGCCCUCGCGCCUCCCGCACCACCCACACAACCCUGACGACCCGCUGGCGAAGUACAUGUGCCACGUGUGCGGGCGCGGCGACGUGGAGGAGCAGAUGCUGCUGUGCGACGGCUGCGACGACUCGUACCACACGUUCUGCCUGGUGCCGCCGCUGGCCGACGUGCCCAAGGGCGACUGGCGCUGCCCCGUGUGCCUGGCGGAGGAGGUGGCCAAGCCCGCGGAGGCCUUCGGCUUCGAGCAGGCCUCGCGCGAGUACACGCUGCAGCAGUUCGGCGAGAUGGCCGACCAGUUCAAGUCCGACUACUUCAACAUGCCCGUGCACAUGGUGCCGACAUCGACUGUGGAGAGGGAAUUCUGGCGCGUGGUCUCCUCAAUAGACGAGGACGUAACCGUGGAGUAUGGCGCGGACCUUCACUCCAUGGACCACGGCUCCGGUUUCCCGACGAAGUCCAGCGCGCACCUGUACCCCGGCGAGCAGCAGUACGCGGACUCCAGCUGGAACCUCAACAACCUGCCCGUGCUGGACGGCUCCGUGCUCGGACACAUCAACGCUGACAUCUCCGGCAUGAAGAUCCCGUGGCUGUACGUGGGCAUGUGCUUCGCGACGUUCUGCUGGCACAACGAGGACCACUGGAGCUACUCCAUCAACUACCUGCACUGGGGCGAGGCCAAGACGUGGUACGGCGUGCCGGGCUGCAAGGCGGAGCAGUUCGAGGCCGCCAUGAAGGCGGAGGCGCCCGAGCUGUUCCAGCUGCAGCCCGACCUGCUGCACCAGCUCGUCACCAUCAUGAACCCCAACAUUCUCAUGAAGGCAGGAGUUCCUGUCUACAGGACGGAUCAACACGCGGGCGAGUUUGUUAUAACAUUCCCGCGCGCCUACCACGCCGGGUUCAACCAGGGGUACAACUUCGCGGAGGCUGUCAACUUCACCCCUGCUGACUGGCUGAAGAUGGGGCGCGAGUGCAUCCUGCACUACUCGACGCUGCGGCGCUACUGCGUGUUCUCGCACGACGAGCUGGUGUGCAAGAUGGCGCUGGAGGCGGACGCGCUCAGCCUCACGGUGGCGCUGGCCGCCUACCGCGACAUGCGCACCAUGCUGCACGACGAGCGCAAGCUGCGCAAGGGCUUGCUGGACUGGGGCGUGACGGAGGCGGAGCGCGAGGCGUUCGAGCUGCUGCCGGACGACGAGCGGCAGUGCCAGCUGUGCAAGACCACGUGCUUCCUGUCCUGCGUCACCUGCGCCUGCACGCCGCACGUCGCCUGCCUGCGCCACUACGCGCAGCUCUGCGCCUGCCCGCCGCCAAGCCACAAGCUCAGGUAUCGGUACACCCUGGACGAGCUGCCGGCGAUGCUGGACAAGCUGAAGAAGAAGUCGGAGCUGUUCCGCGAGUGGGCGGAGGCGGUGCAGAACGCGCUGGACCCCGACACGCCCAAGACCUGCGACCUGGACGGCCUGCGCGCUCACCUGCGCCGCGCACACGAACUCAAGAUGCAUAAGACGGAGCUGGUGCGAGCUCUGGAGACGGCGAUAGAGGAUGCGGAGAAAUGCGCCUCCGUGAUCCAGCAGCUAGACCUGAACAAGAUGCGCACGCGCACGCGACACCACGACCCCAAGUAUAGGCUCACUAUACACGAGCUCACGCUAUUCGCUGCUGAGAUAGACGGCCUCGCCUGCGUGCUGCCUGAAGGUUCAGCGGUAAAAGAAGUUUUAAGACAGACCGAGGAGUUCGAAGACCGAGCGACAGAACUGCUCAGCAAAGAACUGGAUGAAGUGGAUGCAAACACCGUCAGGGAACUGGAGGAGGUGGUGGAGCUGGGGUGCCGGCUGUGCAUCGUGCUGCCGCAGCUGGGCGGCGCGCAGGGGCGGCUGGCGCAGGCGCGCUGGCUGGCGGAGGCGCGCGCGCUGCGCGAGGACUGCGCCGCGCUGACGCCGGCCGUGCUGGCGCGCCUGCUGCGCGACGCCGACAGCGUGCUGCCUCACCGCCGCGUCGAGCAGGAGCGGGCGGCGCUCUACAAACUGAGAGCUCAAGUGGAGGAGUGGGAGGCGCGCGCGCAGGCGGUGCUGUGCGAGGGGCGUGGCGAGGGCGGUGCCGGGGGCGGGGGCGAGGCGCACACCAGCCUGGCCGAGCUGGAGCAGCUGCUGGCGGAGGGCGACGACAUCGAGGCCGCGCUGCCCUCGCACCACGCGCUGCACCAGGCCGUGCAGCACGCCAGGGACUGGCUCGCCAAGGUGGAGGAGAUGCAGUCGAAGGAGCUGUACCCGUACCUGCACAGCGUGGAGGCGCUGGCGCGGCGCGGCGCGCAGAUCCCGCUGGCGCUGUACGAGAAGAGCCAGCUGGCCGCCGCGCUGCACUCCGCGCGCGAGUGGAAGCGCGGCGCCGCAGACAUGUUCCUCAAGAAGAACUGGCCGUACAGCCUGCUGGAGGCGCUGUCGCCGCGCACGGAGGCGGGGGGCGGGGCGCGGCGGCGGGGCCGCGAGGCGGAGGCGGGCGCGGGCGCGCUGCUGCAGCACUUCAGCGAGGACGCCACGCCCACGGAGAUCGUCGCCGCCUUCAAGCAGGCCGAGCACAGGGAACUAGCAGCUAUCAAAGAACUCAGGGCUAAAAAUAUGCGCAAAGAAGUCCGCGCAGCGCCGACCGCCGGAGUUACAUUCUGUAUAUGCCAGAAGCGACAGUACGGCGUUAUGUCGCAAUGCGAACUCUGCAAGGAUUGGUUUCAUGCGUCGUGUGUGUCGUCUGCGGCGGAGGAUCGCGACUCGUCACCGGAGCGCGGGGCAGAACGCGGUGCAGAACGUGGGGCAGAACGCGGGGCGGAGCGUGGGGCGGAGCGCGGGGAGGCAACGGAGCAGAAGUUCCUCUGCCCCGACUGCACACGCACGAAGCGGCCCCGCCUUCAUCGCAUACUGGCACUGCUGGUGUGGCUGCAGAAGCUGCCGGUGCGGCUGGCGGAGGGCGAGGCGCUGCAGUGCGUCACGGAGCGCGCCAUGGCGUGGCAGGACGCGGCGCGCGCGCUGCUGGCCGCGCUGCCACACCCCCACCCCCACCACGCACACCUGCCCGACCACAGGCGGGACAGCGGCACGCACUCGCACGCCUCGAGGUCGUCAGCGAGCGUGGAGCACGCGUACAGCGCGACGCCGCGCUCGCCCAGCGCGCGCCUCUCGCCCGGCAUGCUGCACAAGCUGGAGGACCUCAUGCUGGAGGGAGACUUAUUAGAGGUGCGGCUGGAGGAGCAGAGGCAGGUGUGGAGCGCGGUGGUGGCGGCGCGCGGCGCGGAGGGGCGGCGCAGCGCGCGCGUGCUGGACGCCGGCCGCCGCAAGCGCCCGCAGCGCGCGCCGCGCCCGCACCGCCAGCUCAAGCGCACGCGCCCGCACCACGGACCAACAGCAACAAAGACAACGAUAAAACGAGGCUCGGCUACGACCACGAAUUACUUAAAUAGAAAACAGGGCAUGUCGUCAGGGUCCGGUCUGAUGAUGAGGAAGCACUACAUGGCGCGGCAGGAGCGGCGCAAGCGCGGGCUGGCGGGCUCCACGCGCGGCAAGCACGCGCGCCAGCCCCGCGCGGGGCAGCGCGCCGGCGCGGCGGCGGCCGGCGGCGCGGGCGCGGGCGCGGCGGGCGGCAGCGGGGCGGCGCGCCGCAGCAGCACCUCCUCGCUCUCCUCCGCCUCCUCCGACGAGGACUGCGCCGCGGACAACUGCCUCAGGCCCACAGGCAAGGAGGUGGACUGGGUGCAGUGCGACGGCGGUUGUGAUCAAUGGUUCCACAUGCACUGCGUCGGCCUCAGCCGCGCCGCGCUGCGAGAAGACGACGACUACGUCUGCGGCGCCUGCGCCCGCGACACACGCUGAACACUGACUGGCACUGAACACUAUCUAGCGCUGUACACUGACCAGCACUGAACACCGAACAGCGCUGAAUACUGACUAGCGUUGAACACUGACCAGCGCUGAACACUGACUAGUGCUGUACAGUAAACAGCGCUCAGUACUGUACAGCGCUGAAUACUGACCAGCGCUAAACACUGAUCAGGACUGAACAGUGACUAGCGCUGUACAGUAAACAGCGCUGAAUCCUGAUUAGUGCUGAACACUCACAAGCUGUGGACACUGACUAGCGCUGAACAAUUUUGAUCAACGCUGAACAACACUCGGAAUACACAUUUAUCACCGAUAUGAUUUCUCACUAAACAAUACAUUAUAAUGAGUUAAGAAGCAAUGAAUUACAAAGUAUAUUGUUAAAGGAUUUCACUUAAAUUUGUCUUGAUUAGGGAAAUGCGUUAUUGUCUGUUUUUGAAUGUAGGUCAAAUUAUAGUUAAAUGUCUACAACAAAGUGAUUUAUGUAGAAAAUGUGACAGAGUUCUCGAAACGUAAAAUGAACAAAUAAGUUUCAAACGCUAUAGUAACAAUUUGUUAAAUAAAAUAUUACUUUAGAAGAAAUUUAAUAUCGGAGUUCCAGUUGCACUUGCAAAGGUAAUUUCGUAAAUUUUAUAUGUUCCUUACAGAAUGUUUAGUAACUUUCCCCGCUUUGACUUAAGUGUUGGUUAAUGCGAGUACGCAAAGUGUUCAUUAUAAUCUAAAUUAACGUUUUUGCGACUAAGGAACCUAGAACUGCGUAGUUUUUUUUGUAAAUAUAUCUAAAAUGGAUGAAUUUACUAAUGUAUUGACAAAAUUGAUGUGAGUUUAAAGUUGCGCGUGAAUCGCGGUUUAUAAAUAUAUUAUUUUAACUUGAACAAAGGUUGAAUGAAUUUUUUUCAACUAAUUUGAAGUCAGAAACUGGAAGUUUUUAUGUAGUUAGCAUUUUCUCACGAAUUAGGCUUCAUUUGAUUGUAAUUGUUAUGUACAGCCGAAGUCGGGACAUUUCUACGGGAAGUUGCUGAAAUCAUAAGAUCAAGUUUUUGUAUAGACAUAUCUAAGUUAUUACUAUAGAUGUUUUUAAAUCAAAGAUAUUAAAGAUUUCUUUGUCCGAAUUAAGUUAUUAAAGUGUAUUAUCUAAUUUAGCUUUGUUUAAUGUCCCGGCUUCGUUUCUUGCACAGGAUUUAAUGUUUUUGUAUUAAAAUUGUAAAUAUUCCGUGUAGGUGAAGCCACGCCCCCUCCGCCGUCAACUCCAUACAUGUUGUAUGACGUUUUCUUAUAAUUCAGUCGUCAUGCGAUUCAAUGUAUAGUUACUAAAGAGUAAAUAUAUUUUAAUAAUGUCCAAUUUUAGAUUUAACGCGUUUUUUUGGUGUUUAUAUCGCUUUUGUAUCGACUCAUCGUGGACUCUGCUCGUGUUAAGGUGUUACUCGGAAGCUACUUACGGUAGUGCUGUAUUAUACCAGUUAGUGUAAUAUUGUAUAUUUUUUAUAUUUGUAGUAUGACAAGUUUGUAUAAGCCGAUUUGAACUCUAUUGCGUCGGGUACAGUGUAAGUUUUCAUUUGCUUUUAGAUAAACUUCUAGUUAGUACUAAGAUUGAAAUGCCGAUCGCUUUUUUACCCUUUUGAAUACAUUUAUUUGAUAUUAAAUUAUUAUUGGUACGCGAUUUUUAAUAGCCAAAUAUAAGUUCGCACUUUCGAUCGUAGUGGUCAAUUUAUUUUGUUAAGACGUGAUAUAGUAUUAAAAUUUAACUUAGCGAUGUAUUUUGUGUGCGAACGCUUUUCGUGGCCCUACAAAUGUUGGCGUAUUAACAUUUUUUGAUAUUGACAAUUAUCAGAUAAUAGUUUUUCUUACAAUCGGCAUAUCGACCGCGUUAUUUAUUAACAAGAUGGCUGUUAAAUUUUUUUAUGUUAAGUUACUGCGGCUGCUCUGCCGACGCGCCUGAUCUCUGCUUCAAUGUUGUGACUAUGUACGCACGCUGCAAACUGAUCGCGACCUUAUUUGUAACUAUUAAGGUCUCUUUUCGAUCGUCCGUGACUUGUACAGACGUUUGCAAUGUGAGCACAUAGCUUGUAUCUGAUCUGAUGUUAAAUGUUGGUAUAUCGCAAGCGGGGAGCGUGUGCGGCUGACGACUGUACAUAAACUAGUUAAGAAAGAGAAGUCGUUUGUGCAACUAUACGGGUGCGAGCGAGAUGUACAGAUGACGCGCGACGCACUGACGGUAGUUUUAAUACUGGGAGCUCAGGACCUCGUAUGGUUGGACAGACCGACGAUAUCAUGUACCAAAUAAUAUAGAAAAUUAUAGAAAAAUACUGUUGGC